ACCUCAUUGGACGCCGUCCCCAGCCCGCUCCUGCGCAGUCUGGGCUGGCGUCGUAACGUCUCGGGGAAAAGGAAGCGGACGGGACCGCGAAUCGCUGUCUGUUGUUUUUUAUUUUUCUGCUGACUGGAUUUGGUCACUGGUUCUUCGUCUUUUGUCUGUUGCACGCAUCCCGCCCUCCCCAUUUGCUUCCCCACUCCUCGGAUCCGGCCCUCUGGGCUUUCACGCCAGUUGUCUCACCCCGCCGUGAGCCCCUCCUGGUCCCCGGUCGGGCCUGGCACGGAGGCGGUAACUAUGGAGAAUAUGGCGGAGGAGGAGCUGCUGCCCCAGGAGAAGGAGGAGGAGGAGGAGGUGGAAGUGGCCCAGGUCCAGGUCCCGACCCCGGCCCCGGACUCGGCUCGGGUCCCAGCUCCGGCCCCGGAUUCGGCUCCGGCCUCGGCCCCGACUCCGGCCACGGCUCCAGUCCCAGCCCCUGCCCUGGCCCAGGCUCCGACCCUGUCCCCGUCCCUAGCCUCUGCCCCUGAUGAGGCUGAAAGCAAGAGACACAUCUCAAUUCAAAGGCAGCUUGCUGAUCUAGAGAAGUUAGCUUUCGUAACUGAAGGGGAUUUUGACUCUGCCAGUUCACUGAACUCAGAUAAUCUUGAUGCAGGAAACAAACAGGCUUGUCCAUUGUGCCCCAAGGAAAAAUUCAGAGCUUGUAAUAGUCAUAAGCUUCAUCGUCACCUUCAAAAUUUACACUGGAAAGUCUCAGUUGAAUUUGAAGGUUACAGGAUGUGCAUCUGUCACUUACCUUGUCGACCAGUGAAACCAAACAUUAUUGGAGAACAGAUAUCCAGUAAAAUGGGAGCCCAUUAUCAUUGUAUUAUUUGUUCAGCAACAAUCACCAGAAGGACGGAUAUGCUAGGACAUGUUAGGCGCCAUGUGAAUAAAGGAGAGACUAAAUCCACGUAUAUUGCUGCUUCUGCUGCCAAACCACCUAAUGAAAUUUUGAAAGAGGCAGACACAGAUGUACAAGUUUGUCCCAACUAUUCUGUACCGCAGAAAACAGAUUCCUAUUUUAAUCCCAAAAUGAAACUAAAUCGGCAGCUAAUAUUCUGUACACUGGCUGCUUUGGCUAAGGAACGAAAACCUUUGGAAUGUCUAGAUGCCUUUGGAGCUACUGGGAUAAUGGGAUUACAAUGGGCAAAACACCUUGGAAAUGCAGUCCAGGUUACAAUUAAUGAUUUGAAUGAAAACUCUGUGACGUUGAUUCAGGAGAACUGCCAUUUAAACAAAUUGAAAGUGGUGGUGGACAGUAAGGAAAAGGAAGAGAGCGAUGAUAUUCCUGAAGAAGGAGAGGAAAACUUUGGUAAUAUUAAGGUGACCAAAAUGGAUGCCAAUGUACUGAUGCAUUUGAGAUCUUUUGAUUUCAUACACCUAGAUCCUUUUGGAACAUCUGUGAACUAUCUUGAUUCUGCAUUCAGAAACAUAAGAAACCUUGGCAUAGUGUCAGUGACUUCUACAGAUAUCAGUUCUUUAUAUGCCAAGGCACAACAUGUUGCCCGGCGUCACUACGGCUGUAACAUUGUCCGAACUGAAUAUUACAAGGAGCUAGCAGCCAGAAUUGUUGUAGCUGCAGUGGCAAGAGCUGCAGCCCGAUGUAACAAAGGCAUAGAAGUACUGUUUGCAGUGGCUCUGGAACAUUUUGUAUUGGUUGUUGUGAGAGUUUUGAGGGGGCCUACUUCCGCAGAUGAAACAGCCAAGAAGAUUCAGUACCUAAUCCAUUGUCAGUGGUGUGAAGAGAGAAUUUUUCAGAAGGAUGGUAAUAUGGUAGAAGAAAACCCAUAUAGACAGCUACCCUGUAACUGUCAUGGAAGCAUGCCUGGAAAGACAGCAAUCGAACUUGGACCUCUAUGGUCAAGUUCUCUUUUCAAUACUGGAUUCCUCAAAAGAAUGCUAUUUGAAUCUCUUCACCAUGGUUUAGAUGACAUUCAGACCCUAAUAAAGACAUUAAUCUUUGAGUCAGAGUGUACUCCUCAAAGUCAGUUUUCAGUUCAUGCACCUUCAAAUCUCAACAAGCAAGAAGAAUAUGGUGUAUUUAUUAAAACUACAGAUGAAACCACAACAGAUAAUUACAUUACACAAGGAAAGAGAAGAAGUAACGAAACAACCACAAAUUUAGCCAAGAGGCAAAAGACUGAUGUCAGUACUGAACAUCCUCCCUUUUAUUACAACAUCCAUAGACACAGCAUUAAAGGAAUGAAUAUGCCAAAGUUAAAAAAGUUUUUGUGCUGUCUUUCUCAAGCAGGCUUUCGAGUAAGCCGAACUCAUUUUGACCCGAUGGGUGUCCGUACAGAUGCACCUCUAAUGCAGUUUAAGUCUAUCCUUUUAAAGUACAGCACCCCCACCUACACUGGAGGACAGUCAGAGGGCCAUGUCCAACCAGCAUCCGAAGAUACAGUAGCCGACAGAGUUGAAAUGUCAGUGAAUGACAAAGCAGAAGCAAGUGGAUGCAGAAGAUGGUAAAUGUAAAAGAAGUUUGUUCCCAGAUGUCUGUGUUGAUGGCCUAAUAGUUCUCUAUAUCAACUGUAGUGCUUUUUCUAUUCUUUCAAUUCAGUUGUGUAAAAAUAAAAAAAAAACAGUGCUGUUUUCAUUCAGAAAAUUAGCAGUUUCUAACUUAGCUGGUUUGGGAGCUAUGCUUUCCAAGUUUUUCUUAUUUUAAAGAAAGCUUAAAAUUUUAAUGAAAACAUUUCAUGUGAAGCCAAGUUUGUGACUGAGAUCACCCUACUGUUUAACACUCAGAAAAUUUUCACAUGAAAAGGGUUUGGAAUUUUAUGUAUGUUAUGGAAGCCAUCCUUUACUAUACUUAAUCACAUCUCUACUUAAACUGAUUCAUGAUGUUUAUGUUUUUCUGUUUGUAGUGUAUAAGAUGAAGCCAGAGCCUUUUAUUAAAAUGACCCUAAAUAGGAGGAACAAUGUCCUUUCAGGUCACUAAUAUAUUUUUUCACAGAUACAAGCUAAAAUAUAUUCCCAAUUUCAAGAAAUCAUACCUCUCCCCACAUUGAUCUUUCAUUACUAGCUUUUGAGAAAUUAAAUCAUUGCCUGAGAUAGAAAUACAUUUUCUUAUAAGUUUAAGGUCUAUAUGACUCAACUUCAGAGUAAGAUUUUGUUAAAGUAAAUUGAGACCACUGUUCUUAUAUAGUGAUUGUUCACAAGCACUAAAUUCUUUAGAGAGAUUUUGUUAUGAAUUAAACAAACUGGGUGAUCUCAAGUGCCUCAGUUAAUGCACGUACAAUAUUCAUUUGCUUGGCUGUCUACCUCUCAGGAGUAAAACUUGUCACCUUAUGACUUUAUGAAGUGAGGAUUUUCUUGUUUUUGGGGGGGUGGUUUGGCUUUUUUGUUGUUUUGCUUGUUUUUUGGUGUGUGUAUGUGCUAAUUUUUUGUACAAGUAGCUCAGGCUAACAUGACUAUGAAAAUUAGUUGGAAAAAAAUCUUGCUUCCAUUAAUAAAUAUUGUUCUUGCUUCAUUUGAAUGUAAGACUUUGGAUGAAAAGA